AUGCGUCGUUCCCGUUUGGUUGGUAUUCUUGAAAAACGUGGAGGUCAUAUUGCUCCUUUUCUGCUGUUGGUGGGAUUGAUCCUAAUAGGAGGUAUACCAGCUAUAAAGCCAAGGCGUAACUUUAUUGAUGAGAGUGCUGUUAGUAUUGGAGAAAUUCCAGUACUGAUCUCUUUAUCUGAUAUGUCCCAUCCUGAUACUACAGUGCAUCAAAGUCACCGUAUUGUUCACGGUCGCCGUUCUGUGGGCUCAGAAAUAAUCGCUAUUUAUGUCAAUAAGGCUGAAAAAGCCUCUGUUAUUCUAGGAAAUGCAUUAAUUGCUGUUCUUAGGAAAAGGGAAAAUAUGGCCUGUGAUACACAUUUCUAUUUUGUUGCUAAUACUGAUAAAGAUUGGCCGAUUCCAAAUUCAUUUGUUCGUUCAGCACUUGUUAUCAAUGUUUCUUCUUUAAAUACACGCAAUUUAUGUUUCGGUGUCUAUGGUAAGAACGGAAUGCAACCCAACCAGGAUCUCUUCAAUGUGGCAGUUUCAAUGGCAAAGGAAUGGGGUUUGAAAGUUGAUGUUUUAUGUCAAAAUCCAUAUACUACGUAUUCUUUGAGUCGAUCAAUGUAUGAACAUUAUAUUACAGCUCUACAAACAGCUUUAAUCGCUCCUCAAUACCCUCAGCCAUGGCAUAGUUUUAGAUCUCACGGUAUUAGUUCUCUCUCUAUUAGUACUGUAAAAUCUGAUGAAAAUUAUAAUAGAUCCGAUGCUUUUUCUAUGGUUGCAAUGCUUGAACAAAUUAUUGCAACACUAAGCUACUUGGACGAACGGUUUCAUCAUUCUACAUCUGUAUGGGUUCCUCUGAGUGUAACCCAUUAUAUUGAGUAUGAUAUUGCGCAAUUUGGUAUUAUGUUACUUGUAGCAUCUCUUCUUUCUACAGGAUAUUCUAUAUAUAAGGUAAAAGGUCUCAAUCUUUCUCCAUAUGUGAUGAUAAUAUGGAUAACUCCUUUUAUUGUUUCAAUUGCAACAGAAUGGUUCGAAACUUUGGGCUUUUUUUUAAGUAGUAUUUUACUGCUGAUAAUCUUGAGUACGUUUGACUGGGAUUUGUCUUGGUUGACAAUAAAUGCUGUGGUGCUCUGUCUUCUUAUUAUUCUUCAGCCAGCUGCCGGUCUUAUCAUGGGUUCAGGAGUUGCUUUACAGUUACUCUUUCUCCAUGUAAAGUGUCAGAAUGUUAUGUUGCUAGCCCUGGGUUCCUUAUGCUCAUGGGCAAUCUUUUUUUAUUUUGUACAUGUGCUUAACCUGCGAGGUUAUGAUAUACAUACAACGGGAGGCAUUUAUCUCUCAUUUUUUGUGUACCCUAACGCUCUGUGGGUUUCCAGUCGAUUGAUUAGAUCAAUCGUGUAUUAUAAGGGUUAA